AGAGAGCAAACUGCGCCUAGGCAACCAGCCGGGAGGGUGAGCGCCGCGCGCGACAGAAGCUUCUGGCGCGAAUGGAGAACCAAGAGUUUCUAGGUUCAUCUGCGCCGUCCGAAGUGACCGAUGGGCAGGUCUCAACAGAAAUAUCCACUUGCUCCGAAGUCUUCCAGAAGCCCAUUGUGCUCAGGAUUCUCGACACUCACAGCGAGCUUGGAGAGUCGGAGGAUCCCGAGAAACACGAGAAUCCCGAGGAGCCAGAGGAGGUCAGGGAGCAAGACGAGUCCGAGGAAUGUGAUGAGCCCCACGAGUCCUAUGAGCCCCACGCGCCCUAUGCGCCCCAUGAGCCCCGGGACUCCUAUGCACCCUACGAACUCCAUGAGCACCAUGCAGCCCCCAAAGUUCGCAAGGCCGGUGAGCCCCGACAGCUCCGCCAAGCCCGUGAGCCCCGCAAGCCCCGCAAGCCCCGCGAGGCCAAGGAAACCGAAUUACUUCCCAGUGCCGCAGUAAUGAUCUCCCCAUCUCUGAUCACCAGAGCCCCGCCACGGCCUCAGCUGUCUUUCCUGGGAGCAAAUCCUGUUUCCUGUGACUUUGUAAGGAAAUGUGUUUCUUCUAGGAAGAGAACCCCAAAUCUUUCAAAGCCUAAAAAGCAAUGGGGAACUCCAGACAGAAAACUGUUUUGGGGAAAUCAAGUUCCUAUUCGCCCUGUUACCCAGAGUGCUUUGAAGGCUCAGCUGACCAAAAGACUUGAGAACCUUGCCCAGCCCAAGGAAGUUUCCUGCCUCUAUGUACCUAACAGGGCUCAAUAUUACUACAGCUGUGGAAGAGAGUCUGUAAUUUGGGAGAUCACUCCUCCUGUGUUGUUUAGACAACCCUCCAAAAGGAUCCAGAGGCUGUCACAGCCCAGUGGAUUCAAAAGACAGUGUCUACUAAAUAGACCCUUCAGUGAUAACUCAGCAAGAGAUUCUCUUCGAAUCUCUGAUCCUUCUCCCCGGAUAUUACAACUCUCAGUAGCCAAAGGCACAGACCCAAACUAUCAUCCUUCAAAAAAAAUGCAAACCAAGAUUUCACUUUCUACCCUGAGUGCGAUUGCAACUCCAAGAAUUGUAGACCUCGCCCACCCAAGGAUCAAGUUAGAGGGUCUGUGCUAUGAAAGACAAAGAAGUGAACUGCCCAUCCGUCCUGUAACUCCUGCUGCCAUGCUAGCUAAACCUAGCCCCCGAACAAUAGCUCUAGCGAAGUCCAAGUCUGUUCAUCAAGAUUACCUACCUGACCGCGAUGCCCACUGGCCAGUAUCUUACGCUGCUACUCAUUCCAAAGCAUCGCCCAGGAUUCAGGAGCUAGCUAAUCCAAAUAAGAGGGCUCCUGUGCAUAUUGUGUAUUAUGAUCCAGAUGUCUUUAAAACCAAGCCAGCUGCUUUGAAAGCACGGUGUUCUCAAAGGAUCCGGGAGUUGUCACAACCUAUUACACGUUAAAUACAGAAAGCCACAACAGUCAGACCCUGGUUAUGUAUCUAGAACACGUAUUAGAUGACUUAGUUCCCUGCUGUGGUACCGUCAGUUUACAUUCACCCCUUGCUUCCCCUCCCACAAAAUGAGACCUUUAGGGAAAACCACCAUGAUCAUUAAAUAGCGAUUGUUGCUGUUACCUGUCACUGA